UUGAUGACUUUUUGCAUAAUCUUUUUUCCACAGAGUACUAAACAACUAAAAAGUUAAGGGCCAUCUUCUAAAUUGCCUUGUCAACAGAAAUUUUUGGUGUCACCAGUGAGGGAGACGUUAUGAACUGACAGUAGCACAUGGCCACCAUAACUUUGUAGCCAUGACCCAAGGACCUAAUUAAAGUGUACAUUGGUCCUCACCUCUGAUCUUCUGGAGGACCUUUAAAUAUAUACUUGAGUAGCUAGGACUUCCCUAACUGCUAGCUCAAACUUAUUCUUUAUUUUGAAUCCCACACGUUAGCGUUGUGAGGUGUGGGUAAGUCUAACCUUACAAGUUUAGCAAACCAGUGGUAAGAACUUCUGUUUAAAAAAAAACCCCAGCUUUGAAGCCAACUAUCUCUUGAUGUUUGGAGCUAUUUAGAGAUUGAUACAAGCAUCAGGGUACUUACUGUACAGUUUGAACCCAGCAAUGUGCAACACAACUGAUUUAAAAAUAACUAGGGAAAGGUUGGAGCUGACUAAUUUAACAGAUGUUAAAAUUGCUGGCAUCUGGCACUAUAUAGUACGUAUCCACAGGUCAGCCAAGGUGGAAACUACUUCACGAUACCCUGGAAAACGUUGGCUUUCACUAGCUAGGCCUGAAUUACAUCAGUCUUUGGUAUCUCCAGAACUAAAUUUACUCUUUGCAUUUUGUACUGUAGUUAACUGGAGACACAGAUUUGAUGGCCCAGACUCAUGAUAUUUUCAGAUAAGUAUUGAACGGUGUAGCCCUUUCCUGAAAAAGCAGUCUCCUCCCCCCCCCCCCAUCAAAUUGCUUAAAGCAUAGUUUGUCAUAAAGGUGGAAUAUAUAAAAACUGUUAAAAUGUUGUCUCUGUGCUGUUUUUCCCCGAGGAUGGGUAAAAGCACUUCCUGACAACUUCAGAGAUUUUUUUUUUUUUUUUUUUUUAGAUGCUCUCAGAUGCCCAAUUCCUUGAACUCACACUGUCGUUUGAAGCUGCUUUACCCUGAACUGGUUCUUUUUGGAGUACUUGGAGCAGCAUGGAUAUGGGGGUCAAAAGCAGUUCAAGGAAACAUGGACUGUCAUUUCCCCAUCCACUCCCUACUGCUUUCCAUUGGAAAAGCUCUGUGGGUAUGAGCAAGUGUCCAGCUUGCUUCUUAACAAGCCAUUCCAAUCUAAACAGUGAGCAAAGAAGUGGCACCUCUCAAUCAACUGAUUCUGCUCCCUGAAUGUACUGAGCCAUGUGUGCUUCUUUACUACUCUUAUUAGUACUGCAGAGCCAAUGCCACUCCAGAAGAGUGAGCUGAGAUUCUUUUCUAACUUGUGCAUGAACACAGUUGUUGAGUAGGUUCUGCAAUCAGAACUUCUGUUGCAUAAGCCGGAGAGAACCCAGCCUGCUUUUCAGAUUUGGGGUUGAGUUUGCAGGGCUGGGAGUUAAGAAACCCUCUGUUUGCCAAGAAAGAUAGUUGUGUCUGCACUAGAGCCGGAAGGUGUAAAUUCCAGCUCAGGGAGACAUACCUGCACAAGCUUGAUCAGAACGAACACGCCAAAAAUGGCAGCGAGAGUGUAACUGGCAGCGCGACUGGCGGGAGCGGCUAACCUGUCCUGUGGUCUUGGACAGGUUCUUACUCAGGGCAUCAUCUUCUAGUGCCUUCUGCCGCUUGCACUGUUGCGGCUAUACUUCUAUUUUUGUGGUUUUUGUAUUUUCUAUUUGAACUCUGAGCUGGUGUGUGUAUGUUGCCUCCAGCUGCAAUUCACGCUUUCCAGCUCUAGUCUCGACAUACCCUGCCUGUGUUUUAUCUGGACGUCCAUGAGGCACAAUAAACGUGGAACUUUACAAUGCUCUUUGGGGUGGGGGGGAGGACGGUCCCUUUUCAGAGUAGAGCUACACUGAAAGUGGUGUGUGUUUGGUUCUCCUAGGGAUUGGAUGUCCCCUUACUUGCUACUAAUUGCUGGUUGGUGCAUAUACUAGAGUAUGCACUCUAACUUGUCUUGAAUGCAAGAAAUGAAGCACCUUGCUAAAAGUCAUAAAAGUGCAGUCUACUGAAAUGGCUCAUUCCAUGUGGAGACCUGGAAGUCUGAAGGAAACUUAAUCUCAAAUCCAUGGGGGAUCAUUUCUUUUUUUAUGUUAGUCGACUCCCACUGAUGGCAUGUUGAAGUUCAUUGAACAGCAGCCGAGAGGGCGUCGGAUCAGAAGGGGACUGCUCUAAAAGCUGGGCUUGCAACAACAUGGGCCAGUGUGUCACUAAGUGCAAGAAUCCUUCUUCCACCCUGGGCAGCAAAAAUGGAGAUAGAGAAUCUAGCAGCAAGUCUCAUGGCAAAAGAAGUGCAGUUCACAAAGAAGAACAUACCUCAGUAUGUGCAAAAUCCUCUGGUGACAUACUUGUCAAUGGGACAAAGAAAACGGAUACUGCUUUAGAUUCUAGUCAACCUCCAACUUUCUCUGGGGAUGCAAAGAAAGAGCCUGUUUCCGGCACCGAGGAAUCGUCACUUCAGAGGAUUGGGGAAUUGUUUAGGAGAUACAAGGACGAACGAGAAGAUGCCAUACUGGAAGAAGGCAUGGAACGUUUUUGUAAUGACCUCUGUGUUGACCCCACUGAAUUUAAAGUGCUAGUCUUGGCUUGGAAAUUCCAGGCAGCUACCAUGUGCAAAUUUACAAGGAAGGAGUUCUUUGAGGGCUGCAAAGCAAUAAAUGCGGACAGCAUUGAUGGCAUUUGUUCUAGGUUCCCCAGCCUCUUAAAUGAAGCCAAACAAGAAGAUAAAUUCAAGGAUCUCUAUCGUUUCACCUUUCAGUUUGGCCUGGACUCUGAAGAAGGACAGAGGUCUCUACAUCGGGAAAUAGCCAUUGCCCUUUGGAAGUUAGUCUUCACCCAAAAUAACCCCCCUAUAUUGGACCAGUGGUUAAACUUCCUAAUUGAGAACCCCUCAGGAAUUAAGGGAAUCUCCCGGGACACAUGGAACAUGUUUCUAAAUUUUACUCAGGUGAUUGGACCAGAUCUUAGCAACUACAGUGAAGAUGAGGCCUGGCCUAGUCUCUUUGAUACCUUUGUGGAAUGGGAAAUGGAACGAAGGAAAAAAGAAGAGGAAACCAAAUGUAUUACAUGUUCAGACACAGAGGGUCCGUGUAUAGAAGAACAGACUUAACAGCAUUUAAGCAGCAGUGACAGAAAUAACCUGUUGCCCUUCAUUAAAUGUAAACUCUGGACCUUUCUGGAAAUUACUGAGGCUCCAGAUUUUUCUACUUUACACCUUUCUCUGCCUUGUAUUUGAAAGGGCUCUAAAAUGCUGUAUCAUGGUUUAGGCACUUUCUUAAUUUUGGUUAUACCUUCAACUCUUGCCCUGAAAUAUUUGACCCUGGCUACAAGUUAAAAACAGUUGUUGUUUUUUGUUUUUGUUUUUUGUUUUUUUUUAAGAUUUCAGAUUAGUAUAAGUCUGACAUUUCUUGCACAAUGUAGAUCUUUUUGUUAGGUUUAAAUUAACAUUGCUAAAUUAUACAGUGCCAGAUUCAAGUUUUGUAUCCUACACCUAUCAGGGCAGAUCUGUACUGUGUGUAGUGCUGUUUACAUUGUUGAAAUUUUAGGUUAUAUUAAUUUUAAGGUUUUAUACCAAUAUGAAUAGCAGUGUUAACUGCUAACUACAAAUGCAUUAAUUCCCUCUUAAAAACAAUGUAAGCGACUGCUUUGUGUAAUAUGGCUAAAUCCCAUUUUAAGCUAACUCUCAAAAAACAUGAGUUCAGGUCAUUCUUUUUUUGGAGUGUUGAACUAAAUGUUGGAUUUUAUUUAUGAAAACAUACUGUACCUGUCAGUCAACUGAAUUGUAGUUAACACUUCGUAUCUAAAUUACUUAAGCAUCACAUGCAAAAGAGCAGUGCUACCUCAGUUUUACUGGAAGUAGACUUCCUUGAUGAAUUUUCCUUUCUGCUGAAGAAGUCAUUCAUAUUUUUAUGGCUAUGUGAAAAUACUUUGGAGCCAAAGGUUCUGCAUCUUAUGGCUGGUAAACAUUAACAGAAGCAAAAAAAGCUGCUUUCGAGGGAAACUGGGGUAUGUAAAUCUGCUUUAAUUUACACUUGAUCUGUUAAGUAUUAUCAACUUAUUUGUCUGGCAAGUGCAGUACACUUGUGUAGGGAUGAUCUCUUGCAUUAAUGUUGACGAACCAAUUUUUUAACCUAUACUUAAUUACUAAAGCAUAGUUACAUCCCUCCAAAUUUUCUGGGGCAGCAACAACAUUGGCACCCAAUGAAAAAGUGAGUUCUUCAAUGUGUUCUUAAUGACAACACUGUAGACAAUUCAUUUUUAGGCUGAUUUAAUAAUGUUUAAAUAGGACUCAAUUUAUUGUUUUAAAUUACCUGUUCUGGGAUUAUUUGCCUGUUGUGACCUAAAAAGGGAGUUUUAUUAACACUGGUUGAAAUUUUGUUGGUUAUUGAUGCUACCUUUUUUAAUUUUAGUGUAUCCGCUUUUUUAUACUUCUUGGUAAAAGGGAUAACUGCUGAGGCUUUCUAUUAAGCUAAGCAUUGGCUCCAUAUAUUUGAUACAUUUCUAUUAUACAACUUUAUUUUCAGAGUUGUAAAAUGACUUAAAUUUAAAAAUGAAACUGGUGAGCAAUUAGUUUCUAUUGUCCAAUGGUUCUUGUGCGAUAGGGCUCUUUAAAGCAAAUUGUAAAUUGCUACUUUGCAUCCCAGUGGCCAGGCAGAUGCCCCGGCAGACUCUCACAAUGGUCACUGCAUGCUAGCAAAUCCAGUGGCAAGAUCUGUUUUGAGAUCCUGCAUCAUUAACAAUGCUUGUGUAAUUAAACUAAAGUAGGUAUCUGUUUAAGAAGAUUUUUCUCAAAUUACAUCUUCUCACCAUGGUGAGAGGUCAAUGUUCUGCGUGCAUUAGGGAUGUGUAAAAA